AUGGCUGGAGAACUCAUAGAACAGUGCAGAAAUCUUCGAAUAAAUGACGCGGAAUCUAAAAUUCUUGAAAUUAGCGAACUGGAUGACGGAAUUGAUGAGGACCAAGUCUAUUUGGUUCUUGUAGGACGAUUGGUGACGGAACGGAGCUUCAACAUUGAAGCUUUUAAAAGAACUAUGAUUCAAGCCUGGGGGGUCAAUAAACGAAUGGUGAUACGGAUGAUAGGUGCGAAUCGGUUUGUAUUUCAAUUUUUUCAUUGGCGUGACAAGGAGAAAGUGCUGGAAGGCAGACCUUGGUGUUUUGAGAACCAACUCUUGAUCUUGAAUGCCAUAGAUGGCGAGGACCAACCGGCUGAUGUACCCUUAACCUAUUCACCUUUCUGGAUUCGACUAAAAAAUCUUCCUUUUAAUUACAGAUCCGCCACGGUUUGUCGGGCGAUUGCGGGGAAAAUUGGGCAGGUGAUGGAGUUGGAGGAUGAUGCUUUGUUUCUGGAUAACUAUCGAAGGGUGCGUGUGAUGAUGGACGUGGCGCAACCGUUGUGUCGCUACCAGGAAAUAAAAGGGAAAGAUGGGCGAGUUUUCCGUGUCGAUGUGGCGUAUGAACGCUUACCUUUCUUUUGUUUCUUAUGCGGGACCAUAGGGCAUGGGGAGAAAGAAUGUGUGAAUGUUGAUGACGAUGAGCCAGAAUAA